AUGUCGAACCUCGCUGCAAUCCUUCCAUCUCCAAAGACGUCUUUGGAGGUCCACCCUGUACCUGUCUACGUGCCCGGCCCAAGAGAAAUCCUUAUUAAGAAUGAAUGCAUCGCACUCAACGCCAUCGAAGCAAAAAUCGCCAUCCACAAUGUAAUCCCCUACACCCCAUACCUCGCCAUCCUAGGCUCGACCUACGCCGGCACCAUUGCAUCCCUCGGCCCUUCCACGCCACCCUCCCUCGCCAUCGGCGAUCGCGUCGUCGUCUCCAAACGCUUCGAUGUCAAAGGCAACCAACACGGCGCCUUCCAGCGCUUCGUCAUCUGCACUGACAUCAUGGUCAGCCGCGUACCCGACGCCAUCGACCUCUCCGUCCCAGCGUCGCUCUUCAUGAAUCUGACUUGCGUUGUGGGGCUGUUCAGCGGAAGACUGGGGUUGGAAAGACCGCAGCUCGAUGGGGGCGUGGUGGAGGACAGGGAUCAGAAGAAGAAAGUGCUGGUGUAUGGCGGAAGUGGGAGUUUUGGCGGACUGAGUGUUGGGUAUUUGAGCCAGGCGGGGUAUGCGGUUGUUACGACGAGUAGUCCGCCGAAUCGUGCUUUUGUUGAGGGUCUGGGAGCAACCGCAAUCGUUGACCACACGCAAGACGCACAAGGCCUCAUCGAACAGCUCGUGGAGAAGGGACCGUACGACAUCGUAGUCGACUUUGUGUCUGUAGCGAGUACACUUGCGGUCACGGGAAGGGUGGUAGAGGCGCAGGGAGGCGGGAGGCUGUUUACGAUGCAGCCGGGGAGGGAAGAGCUUCCAGCGGGGGUGGAGAGGGUGUUUGAGCCGUAUUCGGAGUCGUUGUAUGAGAAGAGAAAUCGCGGGUUGCAGAGGUGGGUUGUGGAGGAGUAUCUGCCGCUGGGGAUUGCGCGGGGUUUGAUCAAGCCGUUGCCCAUUGAGAAAGUUGGUGGGGGUUUGAAGGGGUUGAACGAGGGGCUGAGGAAGGUGUUGGAGGGCGGAAGUGGGGCUAGGUAUGUGGUUGAUCCGUGGGAAUAG